AGAGGCUCAGCAUCAGUUGAUCACAUUGUGAGAAAAGCAUCUGUUCCUACAUAUCCUGGUGAGAAAGACAGGUCUGUAGUCUGUACAUAGCUAGUCCCCAGCAGUUUAUGCCUAGCGAGCAUUGCCUAUUCUGAACAUGGUCAAAUACAAACCCAUAUAGUAACAGACAGCGUAUGAGUGUAGAUUUGGGGUGGUACGCCAGAGAACUUUGUACCCCCUGACAAAAGGAUGGGAUGCUGUACUGGAAGAUGCACCUUAGUACUCCUCUGCACCGUUCAACUGAUAGCAGCAUUAGAGCGCCAAGUCUUUGACUUUCUGGGAUAUCAAUGGGCUCCAAUUUUAGCCAACUUUCUUCACAUUAUUGCAAUCAUAUUAGGCCUGUUUGGGACCCUACAAUACAGACCUCGCUAUGUUAUUGCUUAUGCUCUAUGGGCUGCAGUGUGGGUGACCUGGAAUGUUUUCCUUAUAUGCUUCUACCUGGAAGUGGGUGAUUUGUCUAAGGACAGCGACCUUCUCACGUUCCAUGUGUCUCAGCAUCAGUCUUGGUGGAGCGAGCAUGGACCUGGCUGUGUGAGAAAAGAGGCCCCGGUGGCCGGAAUGGCUGGAUUAGAGAGCCACUCUUAUGUUUCAGUGAUUGGAUGUGCCAUAGAAUACCAAUACAUUGAGGUGUUACAUAGUGCCACACAGAUACUACUGGCGCUCCUCGGGUUUGUGUACGCUUGUUACGUGACCAGUGUGUUCACAGAAGAAGAGGACAGCUUUGAUUUCAUUGGUGGAUUUGAUCCAUUCCCUCUCUAUCAUGUCAAUGAAAAAUCCAAUCACCUGCUGUUCAAGCAGAGUUACCUGCCAGCGUAAGUGAAACUGGGCAAUGCCAGCUGAAGGAACUAGAUCUCUUUGCCAGCACAGACGUCUCUUGUACUAGUGACAUGCAGCCUUACAUGGAGAGAAGGCAGGUGACACAGGACUGGAGCGUCACCCCAUUUUGGGCGGAGAGCUGAGAUUUGCUAACAAGCCGUGAAGAAUUAGAAUCAUCACAGCAAAGUGACAAAGCCUGUUCUGUGUAGCUUUGACUGAUACAGAAUUUUGGUUUGUGGAACAGACUCUAAUACACAGUUCUACUUUCAUAGCUUUUCCUGUCUUUAUUCAAAGCAUUUUGUGGCUCCCUGACCUUGCAGCUAUUGAGUAGAACAAUGUGAUUUCCCAUCUGUAGCUGGUUGUAGUGCCCAGUGGACAACAAAUGUUAAUUAAAAAAAAGUUUACAAAAUGAGUGGUUAGAUAAAUAUUUAAUAGUAGGUUCUGGAAAUGGCAUCUUAUAGGAACCAUGAUCAGAUGUAGCCUACAGCAGUUUGUAAUAUACCAGGAGUACAGCCCCUAGGCAUGCAUCACUGCAAAGAGUUUGAGUGUCCCAGUGUGGGCAACAUCAUUUACCACUACAUUAACAUUUAAUAAAUCUGUAAUUCUGAACCAG